AUGUUACAAAGUUUGUUCAUUAUAAAUCGUUCGAAUGAAAUAUGUUUAGAAAAACACUGGACAAAAAACAUUUCGAAGACAGUUAACGAUACAUUUUUUGAUGCCGUCACAAAAUAUGCAGCUGGUGAUGUGCCACCUGUUCUAGAAACUCCAAGCAAUUCACUCAUUCAUAUUUUGCGCAACAAUUUAUAUUUUCUAGCUGUGUGUGCUAAUGAGCUACCUCCCUUACUCGUAAUUGAGUUUUUAGAUUGCGUACAUUCAAUAAUCGAAGAUUAUUUUGGCUCUGCUACUGAAACAUCAAUCAAAGAAAAUGUAGUUUCAAUAUACGAGAUUUUAGAUGAAAUGCUUGAUGGUGGUUUCCCAUUGGCCACCGAACCUAAUAUUUUAAAAGAAAUUGUGCGUCCUCCCAACUUCCUUCAAUCACUUACAGAUGCGGUUACUGGAAAAAACACGAUUAUUGGGUCUACACUCCCUACAAACCAGUUAUCGAAUAUACGUUGGAGACGUUCUGGCGUGAACUACACUAACAACGAAACGUAUUUCGACCUGAUUGAAAAGAUAGACGCGAUUGUCGAUCGUUCUGGUUAUGUAAUAUCCAAGGAGGUUCACGGAUCAGUCGAAUGUCUAAUUAAAUUAUCUGGAACUCCAGAUAUAACAUUGGCUUUCACAAACCAUCGGCUGAUUGAUGAUGCCAACCUUCAUCCUUGUAUUCGCUUUUCACGUUGGAAGAGAGAAAGAAUUCUAUCGUUUAUACCUCCUGAUGGAAAGUUUUGUUUGUUUAAUUAUCAUGUAAGCUCAUUAAGCCCUAUAUCACUUCCUAUCAUACUAAGACAUAAUGUUCUUCUCCGUGAACGUGGAGGUCGUCUAGAUGUAGUAGUAGUACCAAAAACAAUGGGUAAACCUGUUGAAAAUGUAAAACUUACCAUUCAAUUACCACCAGAAGUUUUAAAUAUCACAGCAUCUCCAAGUGUUGGACGAACUAGUUUUGAUGUAACAACAAAACUGUUUCAAUGGGAUAUUGGUCGGAUUGAAACAAAAUCUCCAAAUCCUUCAAUGAAAAGUAGUAUCGAUUUAGUUAGUGGUCUCACUACAUUACCAUCAAAUCCUGUAAUCCUUGUAAACUUUUGUAUUCCACAAUUCAUCGUAUCUGGGUUGAAAAUUGCUAGAGUUGACAUUUAUGGGGAGAAAUAUAAACCAUUUAAAGGAGUUAAAUAUGCAACGAAAGCUGGCCAGUAUGAAGUGCGAACGUGA